AUGGCGGCGGCGGCGCUGAUGGACAUGGCGCAGGGCUGUGUGACCUUUGAGGACGUGACCAUUUACUUCUCCCAGGAGGAGUGGGGACUCCUUGAUAAGGCUCAGAGACUCCUGUACUGUGAUGUGAUGCUGGAGAACUUUGCACUGAUUGCCUCACUUGAUUUUUACUGUGGAACAGAGGGUGAGAAAUCACCUGCUGAACUCAGUGUUUCUGUAGAAGUGUCACAGAACAUGAAUCCCAAGGCAGUUCCAUCCACCCAGAAGGGCUACCCCUGUAACCUGUGUGGCCUACACUUGAAAAACAUUCUGCAUCUGGCUGAACAUCAGGCAACACAUUCCAAGCAGAAACCACACAUGCAUGAGGCACAUAGGAAAGAGUUCAAGUUCAACGCCCACUUUCACCAGUCACAGAUGCAGCAGAAUGUGUACAAGUCUAUUGGAAGGAAUGAAGGCAGGGCCUUGCUUGUGAAGAGCUGCAGAUAUGACACAUCAAAGAAAUCUUUUGCAUUCAGGGAGGAUGGGAAGGCCUUUGUGGCCAGAUGUGGUUUUCUCCAGCAUCAGGUCACUACCAGUGUGGGGGAGCCAGAGAAGAGCUCUGAAAGUGUGGUGGAUUUUUCCACUGUGCAACUCCAUAAGAAGUACAGUGAAUUUGAGAAUGCUCUCAGUGACAAACUUUCACUUGUUCAGCAGAGAACCCACACUGGAGAAAGGCCUUAUGAGUGCAACAAAUGUGGGAUAUUCUUCAGCUAUGCUGCUGGCCUCUUUCAACACCAGAGAGAUCAUAAUCGAGGAAAGCCUUAUGAGUGUGGUGAAUGUGGGAAAUUCUUCAGCCAGCGCUCCAGUCUCAUCAAACAUCAGAGAGUUCACACUGGUGAAAGCCCUCACGUGUGCAGCGAGUGUGGCAAAUUCUUUAGUCGAAGUUCUAAUCUUAUUCAACAUAAGAGGGUUCACACUGGAGAAAAGCCUUAUGAGUGCAGUGAGUGUGGGAAGUUCUUCAGCCAACGCUCCAACCUCAUUCAUCAUAAGAGGGUUCAUACUGGUAAAAGUGCUCAUGAAUGCAGUGAGUGUGGGAAAUCCUUCAACUGCAACUCCAGCCUAAUUAAACACUGGAGAGUUCACACUGGAGAAAAACCUUACAAAUGCAAUGAAUGUGGGAAAUUCUUUAGCCACUUUGAUGGACUUGUUCAACAUCAGAUAGUUCAUACAGGUGAACGACCGUAUGGAUGCAGCGUAUGUGGGAAAGCCUUCAGCCGAAGCUCUGACCUCAUGAAACAUCAGCGAGUCCACACUGGUGAAAGGCCUUAUGAGUGCAGUGAAUGUGGGAAAUUGUUUAGCCAAAGCUCCAGCCUCAAUAGCCAUCGGAGACUUCACACGGGUGAAAGGCCUUAUCAGUGCCCUGAAUGUGGGAAAUUCUUUACCCAACGCUCCAGCUUUAAUAACCAUCGAAGACUUCACACUGGUGAGCGGCCUUAUGAGUGCCUUGAAUGUGGAAAAACCUUCAGACAAAGUUCUAAUCUGAGGCAGCAUCAGAAAGUUCACAAACCAGAUAAGCCAUAUAAGUGCAAUGAAUGUGAAAAAGCCUUCAGCCAAAAGUCUACUCUCAUCCGGCAUCAGAAAAUUCACACUAGAGAAAAGACCCACUCCUGUGAGAUAUGUAUCUCUGUCUUAAAAGACAUUUUGCACUUGGCUGAGGAAAGGAGCACACAUCCCAGGCAAAAACCGUAUACUUAUGGGGCAUGUGGGAAACCAUUCUUUUAG